CGCGCGCGCCGCUCUCCUCCCGCGCCUGCGCCCUCGCGCCUCCGUCCUCUCAAACAUUCGUGUUCUAUAAAGCCGAGACUCCGCUCGUACUCGGACGCAGUAACGGCUUAACCACGUAACGAUAAUAAUCGUUACGAACUUGUAUAUAAAGUUAAGUGAUACUAUGGCAGACCAAGACUGGGGAUACACGGGUGAAAACGGUCCCGUAACAUGGCUUGAAAAGUUCCCAGAAGCAAGGGGUGCAAGACAAAGCCCCGUAGACAUAGUGACAUCUAGAUCUAGUAACAGCGGUAGUGUUCCACCUCUUACUUUCCGGUACUCCGUCCAUCAUCCACGAUCUAUCGUCAAUCCUGGUUAUUGUUGGCGAGUUGAUGAAAAUGGAUACAAUUCAGAACUCAGAGGUGGACCACUAGGCUCUGACGUCUAUAAACUUCAACAAUGGCAUUGCCAUUGGGGUGCCAAAAACGGGGAGGGAUCAGAACAUACAGUAGACGGAAGAUCAUUCUCAGGGGAACUCCACCUGGUUCAUUGGAAUACUAGUAAAUACAACAGCUUUGUUGAGGCCGCUGGACAAGCAGAUGGACUUGCAGUUCUUGGGGUAUUCAUAAUGGUUGGUUCAAAACAUGAAGAAUUGGACAAGGUCGUCCGACUUCUGCCAUACAUUCAACAUAAGGGUGACAAAGUAACAAUGUCGGAGGCCUUGGACCCGGCCAACCUGCUGCCCAGAGGUAGUGGCUAUUGGACAUACCCUGGCUCUCUAACAACACCACCGUGCACAGAAUCAGUCACAUGGAUAUUAUUUAAACAACCCGUAGAAGUUUCAGCUGAACAGCUGGCAUUAAUGCGUAAACUCCGCUGUGGUGAAGCUUCAUGUGGUGAAGAAGCAAUGGAAUUGCUCCACAACUACAGGCCAACACUUCCACUUGGUAACCGUGAUAUUCGUGACAUUCGUGAUUAUGGAGGACAUUAAACAAUAACAAUAAUUUCCCUUGUGCCUUUGGAUAACGUUAGCAGCUACACAGUAAGAUACUGUAAAUGUGUUUUAGGAAUCCCUUCCUAGUACCUACAUCAUUGACAUCAGCGAAAUUAACGCUCCCGUAAGAAAUACAUUGGUGUGUAUAAAGAUAUCCAAUAAAUGCGGUAACAUUAAUAUCUCCUUAUAUAUGGAUGAUCUGCCAGAUCUUAUAGCGCAGGUCGCGGCUUGAAGUUAAUAAAAAACUGAAUAUGGACGGAAAAUGUAUAAUUUCGUUUACUAACAUAGUAUAUUAAGCUUAAUUGUAUAAAGGCCAAGUUUGGAUAAAUAAUUUUUUAUUGUUUUCAAAGUAGAUAUAAAUAAGACUUAAUAAAUUGAUAAUACUAUAGCAAGAUGCUAAGUUAUUGUUACUCGUAGUGUCAUAGAGUUUUUUCAAAUGUUUACUAAUGUCAUCUUGUAAGUAAGCGUUUUAAAAUGUAUACGUUUAAGAUCUGUUUAGAUUGUUAGUUAUUUAUUAUGAAGUAUAAACAUUAUAUAAGACCUUAAGUACAGAGGUACAAAGUACCGCAUCGCAAAAGCAGCUAUGGUUUUUAUAAAAUACGGGUUGAAAUAUAGGUACCUACCUACCGUCUUUUGGGGCCUUAAUAAAUAAUAAUAAAUGUGCCUUAAUAACUAUACAAAUGGUUCAUAUUAAUAAUUGUACAGAAUAAUACAUUAUUCUGCUAUAUUACUAGAUAUUUAGUAUGCAAGUUUUAGUCAGGGUCGUAAUUUGUUAUUUUAGAUUAGUAACGUCAGCGUGCAUUUUUAUUAAGCUUAAGUAAUUUGUAAGUAUUACAUUUGCAAGAUGUGAAUGCAAUAAUUAACUAUGUUUAAUUUUUAUUGGUAAAAAUAUUCUAUUUUAAAGGCUUAUAUUUGGUCCAGUUCUGUAAGAAUUGUGCCACCGAAUUAAAACUAAUAAAACUCAUCUAUCCAAGAUCUUA